GUGCUCCGUAACCUUCCCUUGAUUCGGAAAGCGGCAGACUUGCAAGGACGGCCAAUUUCACAGGAUUCCAGUGUUGGCCCAUCAAACGUUUCAGGAGAGAAUUUGACUUUGCAUGGGUGCCAGCGUGUUUGCCAAUGAAGUCGAUAUUCUACAGCCACCCCUAUGCCAAAUCCUUCACAGCACACCUAACAUAGUUCGCAAACGAUUCAUGGAAGUCCAUGAUGCUAUCUUUCCGGGUGGCGUUCUGACUGCAUGCAAACGAUGUCUAUAUUGGUCGCGUACGCAAAACGGGUCGCGUUAUACCAGUGCACAAGUAGCAGAUGGCUAUCUUCCAGGGCCCGAUAAAAGUCGAUCCUAGAACCCAAUCUCGCGUUUCUCGAGAACCUCUAUUAUCGUCGUUGUCGCCAUCAUCUGUCUUCGCCCUGCUCUCUCCGUGUCACCACAAUGGUGCGGGAGGUUCCUCCGGCCGAUGUUCAGGCCAAAUGGCCUCCGCGAAACUCCGUCAAUCCCGUCACCGCCGGCCCAGCGCUUAACGUGAUUUCCAUACUUUUUUGCGUCUUGGCGUAUAUUGUGGUCGCCCUCAGAAUAUACGUGAGAGGCUGGCUGUUAAGAUCGUUCGGCGUGGACGACUGGCUAAUUUUGAUAUGUCUGCUUCCAGCCCUUGCGCUCGCAGUUGCAUCAUUCAUGUGCACUUCAUAUGGGUGGGGUAUUCAUGUAUGGGACCAGAAGCCAGAAUGGUACUCGCCCAGCGAACUGCUCAGUUGGAUCAUCCAAUUGAUGUACAUCUGCAACAUGUUCCUCACCAAGGUCGCACUGUUGGUUUCAUACCUUCGCUUUUCACGACCAGGAAAGUUUAGGCUCUCAGUGUACGCCGCGAUUGUUGUGGUGACUAGCUGGUUUAUUGGGUCCAUGAUUACUACGAUCUUCGAGUGCAUUCCGGUGCAGAACUUCUGGCUUCAGAGGACCUACAAGGGCUGUCCAAUGAACGACGACGCGAGGCUUCUGGCCUGUGUACUCAUAAACAUUUUUACUGAUUUUGUCGUCUGUCUCAUGCCCCUUCGAAUCGUCUGGCAGGUCAAAAUUGCAACGCGCGAGAAGGUCGUCUUGUACGUCCUACUCAGCCUGGGACUAGUAGCCUCGAUAGCUUCGAUUGUCCGAACUAUCGUGAUGGACAAAGCAAUCACUACCUUCGACAUCACAUGGUGGGGAUACUCUGUUUGGAUAUGGACCUGCAUCGAGUGUGACUUGGCGAUUAUUUGUGCCUCAGUUCCCUGUUUGCGGCCUUUGUCCAAGAAGUUUUUCUUCUUCCUCAAAACAAGUUCGUAUGGGACACGGAGCGGAGGCAGCAACGCCGCGGAAACUCACCGCAUGGACGAUUUUUCAAAAAGGUCAAGGCGGUCGGUACAAGAAAUUGGCGUUCGAGACGAGAAACAUCCUGAGGGCCGCGUUGGCCGUCUACCCAGCGUCAUAGCAGAAUCGGAAGAGAGUCUGGUAUGACUAGACCCGGAGCUUCACCCACCAUUGCGCAAUGACUGGCCAUUGGCAACUCUGGGCUCGCGUUGAAUGGGAUGCUAGCUCCGCCUUAUUCUAUCCAAACCAUCAACUACACAACGUACACAACAGCCCACAUCGAUGCAGGCAUCGGCAUGUCAUUGUUAUGUCUGGGAUCCAAUCACAGCACCAUGACGUUAUCAUUGCGCUCUCUCUCGAGCGAAUGGACAAAUGAUGAUUGUAUAACACACGAUCGAUAGAUCCGGAAUGAACGACGAAGAAUCUCCAUUGUUCUUCACAAAAGAGGGCUAGGUAUGCGUGCGAGAGCAAGGAAGUCUCACUUGACCGGAUUUUUGUCAAGGCCAAAUAAAAGGAAAGGAAACAGAAAUCAAGCACUGGUGCGCAAAAAGAGACGGAAUCUUGAAGCCGUCAACAAGGCUGGUGCACAGCUUGCAUGGAAAACAUGACAGGCCCUCGGACAAGGCGACCAUGUUCGCUAACCAGUUUGGAUACCCAUGAGAAGCGCCUGAAGCCAUGCGUUAGUAGGGCUUCGCGAUAGGGCUCCCCACAUGCAAGGGCUUGGUCGAGGCGAACCGCAACCCAAAGACUGGAAAGGUAGUAGACAAUGUACUAGAUUGACAUAAAUGUGAU